GUUAAACUGUCAGCUAUUUGUCAAAACAUCCGCGAAGAAGCGAAGUAAGCGGAAGCAAAUAACACCAAGAAACAAAUGAGCAUCGCAGAGGGUGGAGAGGAGGUUUCAGAAUGGCUCUAUUUGGAAAGUUGUUUGGCAGCGGGGGGAAAGGUGGCAAAGCUCCGAGUCCACAAGAGGCGAUUCAGCGACUUCGUGAAACCGAGGAGAUGCUGACGAAGAAGCAGGAAUUUUUAGAGAAGAAAAUUCAUCAAGAGCUUUUGACCGCAAAGAAAAACGGCACUAGAAAUAAGAGAGCUGCCCUGCAGGCAUUAAAACGCAAGAAACGCUAUGAGAAGCAGUUGAGCCAGAUCGAUGGCACACUGUCUACCAUGGAGUUCCAGCGGGAGGCCCUAGAGAACGCCAAUACCAAUGCAGAGGUGCUGAAGAACAUGGGCUUUGCAGCAAAGGCCAUGAAGGCAGCUCACGAGCACAUGGACAUAGAUAAAGUGGAUGAUCUGAUGCAGGAUAUUACUGAACAGCAGGAGCUGGCCCAGGAAAUCUCUGAUGCCAUUUCAAAACCAGUGGGAUUUGGAGAAGAGUUUGAUGAGGAUGAACUUAUGGCAGAACUGGAAGAGCUGGAACAAGAAGAAUUAGACCAAAAAAUGUUACAAAUUGGUUAUUCUGAUAAUGUUCCUUUACCCAGUGUGCCCUCUACAUCCUUGCCUUCCAGGAAAGAAAAAACAAAGGAUGAAGAUGAAGAUGAUAUGAAAGAUCUGGAACGCUGGGCUAUGGAGGCGAUGUAAACAUUUUGGGGACAUUGGAAAGAAGAUUUUUGUAAUAGUUUUGUGUGUGUGUGUGUGUGUGUGUGUGUGUGUGUGUGUGUGUGUGUGUGUGAGUGAGUGAGAGAGAGAGAGAGAGAGCCUUAAAUGAUCUAGGAAAAGAAGAUAACUUGUUCUUGUACUCCUCUAGCAACAUAUGGAAAGUCAGUAUUCUUACUGUUCAUGUGUUAUUAUUUUGUUAUUUGUUUUGCAAUAUUGCUGUAUUCUCCUUAACUGGACCAUUGUGUUGCCUAGCUUACUAAACAUUUUAGCCAAAAGAAGCUUAAAUGUAACAUAUAGAUACUAUCAAGAACACGCAUACAGUACAUAACCAAAACACUGUUUGUUUUUCAAUGAUUUAGCCAAUUAACUAGGCAUGCUGUGCGCCAUUGUGAUGCAUUUGGUGCUGCUGAUGAAACUGUUCACAUUUUGCACCCAGGAAUCAAUACAAAUUUCACCUUCUUGCAACAGACAUAACAACUCAAAUGGUCAACAAAUGAUACUUCCAAAUCACUACAAUGUCAUACAUGAUUUGUAACUCAAGUAAUCUGAGUGUCCUGUGUUAGUCUUGGGAUACUGUUUGUAUGUGAUGCUGUCGGCAAACACUAAAAUGAACAACAGCAAAAAAAAAGUAAAAAAAAAAAAAAUGUGUAAGAUCUUUAUGUUGGCAUGAAAGUAUUACACAUAUAAGCUUAUUUAUAAUUUAUUUGGUUCUAAAGCAUUCAAAAAACUGAAUGGGAUGCAAAUUUACUCUUGCUUCACAGAACUUGUGUACUUAGAUUGGUCAUGUGUUUUUUGUUAAUUUUGGAAAAUUAUAGUUGUGACAGUGUUUACAGUUAUUUUGACUAAUGUUCAUGUGACUGUGUUUACAGUGAAUGUGCUGCUUUGCAGCUUGUCCACAGUAUCUUCAAAUGUGCAUGUUUCAGAUCUUUGGACUGCUGAAAUAUUUGCAGGUUCAUGGAACUUGCUACUGGCACAUUUGAGUGAUGCCAGGUCUGGCCUCUAGAGGAGAUCCCUUUUGGCAGCUAGUACCUUAUUUUAAAAAUAGUCAAGCUGUGGAUAGAGUGGAUAUACAAUGUAUAUAUUUCAAUAAUUACCUUUUAACCUAUGUUUUUCAAAGAUGGACAACAUAUUUAAUUGGGCAUGCGCUGGAGUUGUUAGAUGUAUGUAUUUGGGACUAUAAGUUAUGUUUGUGUUAUUAUUAUGUAUUUUUUAUCCAAGGUAACGUAACUUACAUCUGACACAUGCUGUUGACAAAUUCUGCCGUCGCGAACAUUAGCAACCGAUUAAGCAUGCAGGCUUAUUUUUAAGGUAAUUUUUAAAAUGGCACUGUGUGCCUCUCUAAAUUAAACAUUGUUAUAUAACUGAUAUAGAAUGUUAUUCUACUUUGUCAGAUGUCUAAUGUCAUAUGCAGGGUAUGUAUUAACUAAAGCCAUAAGGCAGUGGUUGAAUAUAAAAUGUUGAAAAAAGCUGAAUCUAAGCAGAUACUGCUUCCAGUUUACAUUAACGUUUUCUGUAGAGUGUGCAAAUUACAUUGACGCUUGAAUGUUUAAACAGUUGUAACUUGUAUACAUUUUUGUUUUAUCUAAAUGAAAUGUAUUUGAGUGAUCAUUAAACUUUAUCGUUUGUUUCUUGUA